AUGGAUUUUAAAUACCUCAUAUCCAUGUUGCAUAAAAUGGCCAGCACUUGGUAUCUUGUACUAACAAUCCUGACAUCAUACGUCGAAGCUGUCCCAGAAAUCGCUUGCAACAGGCUCAAAAUUGGAGAAAACUGGUAUGAUCAAGAAGUUUUUUGGUCCAACCUUGGAAAACCAUACAAUUUAAACGUGCAUAAGUCGUCUAAUACACUUUUCUUCAGUUAUUCUCUACCUGAAUCUUACUCAGACGUUGAUUUUCAACUGGGACAGUAUAAUUUAGACACAAAGGAGUACCAGACCAUAGCUGGUAUCAAAGGGGGCUGUUCCGUAGCUAUAGAUCAAUUGAAUGAUGAUAUUUUCUUAGGAGGAAGUGAUGGUAUAUAUAAAUAUAAUAUGCUGACGAAGCUAGCAGACUUUUACAAGGAAAAAGGAAAAAAUAUCUGGUCACUAUUCUUCAAAAAGAAUUUAUUUUAUAUUAGUUAUCCAGAUCAGAAAUUACAUAUUCAAUACGACGGUAAAUUUGCUAAGGUGAAAGAGUUUGAAAAUAUCGAAAUUGAUCACUUUCAUGUAACUAGUAGUAAUACAAUAUAUUAUGCUAAUAAAACAGGGUUAUUUAAAUAUGAUAAUGAAAAAAUGGAAGCUGAAUCUGUUUCUGAACUAAUAACAGUCAGACAGAUUGUUGAGGACAACGAAGGAGACACAUAUAUGUGUACAAAUAUAGGGGUUUUAGCUGAUGGUAAAUUUGAAGGCUUUAAAAAAAUAUUAGACAUGAAGAACAUAUAUGGUCUAGCGUUUGAUAGAGAUAACAAUUUAAUAUAUUCAGAUGAAACAAAUAUUAUUAAACUAAAGUAUAAUCCUGUUGGCUGUGAUAUUAAACGCCCUCAGUGGUAA